CGGUGGGGAGGGGAGCCAGGUGACGUCAUUGUGAUCCACAUCCACAGCAGCGCGAGGAGGGGCGAGGCGGCGCGAGGCGGCUGAUCCACCGGUAUCAUGGCUUCCUAACAGGAGGGGGAAGCGGUUGAGAGGAAAACAAGGAUUUUUUUGUGUUGAAUGCCCUUUUAGAUUAUCGUCCUUUCGAUAACCUGAGAUUGGGACAUAGGGGUUCGGCCUCCCUCCUUGACCCCCCCUCCCCCCCCACACAAAGGGCGCCCCUGGGAUCCAGGAUAUACUUUAACUGUAUUGGUGAAUUUCCAUUCGUGAACCGUGGAAGAUGGCCGACCCGGCGGAGUGCACCAUCAAAGUGAUGUGCCGCUUCAGGCCCCUGAACAGCUCCGAGGUGACCCGAGGCGACAGAUACAUCCCCAAGUUUCAAGGGGAAGAGGACGUUAUCAUCGCGAGCAAACCGUACAUGUUUGAUAAAGUGUUUCAGUCAAACACAACACAGGAACAAGUGUACAACGCCUGUGCCCAGAGGAUUGUAAAAGAUGUUCUGGAGGGAUACAAUGGAACGAUUUUUGCAUACGGGCAGACAUCAUCUGGCAAAACACAUACCAUGGAGGGGAAUCUCCAUGACACAGAUGCAAUGGGCAUCAUCCCCAGGAUAGUUCAAGAUAUCUUCAACUACAUCUAUUCCAUGGAUGAAAACUUGGAGUUUCAUAUCAAAGUUUCAUAUUUUGAAAUUUACUUAGACAAGAUCCGGGACCUUUUGGAUGUGUCAAAGACCAAUUUGUCCGUGCAUGAAGAUAAAAACAGAGUGCCGUAUGUCAAGGGCUGCACUGAGAGGUUUGUCUGCAGCCCAGAUGAGGUCAUGGAUACAAUUGAUGAAGGCAAAUCAAACAGACAUGUAGCAGUCACAAACAUGAACGAGCACAGCUCCAGGAGUCACAGUAUCUUCCUGAUAAACGUCAAACAGGAGAACACUCAGACGGAGCACAAGCUCAGCGGCAAACUCUACCUGGUGGAUCUGGCUGGCAGUGAAAAGGUCAGUAAAACAGGAGCAGAGGGAGCUUUGCUGGAUGAAGCGAAGAACAUCAACAAGUCUCUGUCGUCCCUGGGAAACGUCAUCUCUGCUCUUGCUGAAGGAACGGCCUACAUCCCCUACCGAGACAGCAAGAUGACCCGUAUCCUGCAGGACUCGCUGGGUGGUAAUUGCCGAACCACCAUUGUCAUCUGCUGCUCGCCUUCUUCCUAUAAUGAGAGCGAAACCAAAUCCACCCUGAUGUUCGGACAAAGAGCAAAGACCAUCAAGAACACUGUCACUGUGAACGUUGAGCUGACAGCAGAGCAGUGGAAGCAGAAGUAUGAGAGGGAGAAGGAGAAGAACAAGACCCUGAGGAACACCGUCACCUGGUUGGAGAAUGAGCUCAACCGCUGGAGGAAUGGCGAAAGUGUGCCCGUGGAUGAGCAGUUUGACAAGGAGAAGGCCAACGCCGAGGUGCAGGCCCUGGACAACAUAAUCAACGAAAAGCAGGCCUCCACGCCCAGCGUGCCGGGUGUUCGCCUCACCGACGCAGAGAAGGACAAGUGUGAGGCUGAGCUGGCUAAGCUUUACAAACAGCUGGAUGAUAAGGAUGAGGAAAUCAACCAGCAGAGCCAGCUGGCUGAGAAGUUGAAGCAGCAGAUGCUGGACCAGGAUGAGCUUCUAGCCUCCUCCCGCCGCGAUCAUGAGAACCUCCAGGCAGAGCUGAACCGCUUGCAGGCAGAGAACGAGGCCUCAAAGGACGAGGUGAAGGAGGUGCUGCAGGCUCUGGAGGAGCUGGCCGUCAACUAUGACCAGAAGAGCCAGGAGGUGGAGGAUAAGACCAAGGAGUUUGAGGCCAUCAGCGAGGAGCUUAGCCAGAAAUCGUCCACCCUGUCGUCUCUGGACUCUGAGCUCCAGAAGCUGAAGGAGAUGUCCAACCACCAGAAGAAGAGGGUGACCGAGAUGAUGUCUUCACUGCUCAAAGACCUCGCCGAGAUCGGCAUCGCCGUAGGCAGCAAUGACAUCAAGCAACAUGAGGGCAGUGGCCUGAUAGACGAGGAGUUCACUGUGGCCCGUCUCUACAUCAGCAAGAUGAAGUCAGAAGUGAAGACGAUGGUGAAACGCUGCAAGCAGCUGGAGGGCACCCAGUCCGAGAGCAACAAGAAGAUGGACGAGAACGAGAAGGAGCUGGCUGCCUGCCAGCUGCGCAUCUCGCAGCACGAGGCUAAAAUCAAGUCCCUGACUGAGUACCUGCAUAACGUGGAGCAGAAGAAGAGGCAGCUGGAGGAGAACGUGGACUCUCUCAACGAGGAGCUUGUCAAGAUCAACGCUCAGGAGAAAGUCCAUGCUAUGGAGAAAGAGAAUGAGAUCCAGACCGCCAAUGAAGUCAAGGCGUGUGUUCAGGAAGCGGUGGAUAAGCAGAUCCACUCUCACCGCGAAGCUCAUCAGAAGCAGAUCAGCAGCCUGAGAGAUGAGCUGGACAACAAGGAGAAACUCAUCACGGAGCUGCAGGAUCUGAACCAGAAGAUCAUGCUGGAGCAGGAGAGGCUCAGAGUGGAGCACGAGAAACUCAAAUCCACCGACCAGGAGAAGAGCCGCAAGCUGCACGAGCUUACUGUGAUGCAGGACAGAAGGGAGCAGGCCAGACAGGACCUGAAGGGUCUGGAAGAGACCGUGGCCAAGGAGCUGCAGACUCUGCACAAUCUGAGGAAGCUCUUUGUCCAGGACCUGGCAACCAGAGUGAAAAAGAGCGCUGAGAUGGACUCAGACGACACAGGUGGCAGCGCAGCACAGAAACAGAAAAUCUCCUUUCUUGAGAACAAUCUUGAGCAGCUCACCAAAGUUCACAAACAGCUGGUACGUGACAAUGCAGACCUGCGCUGUGAGCUUCCUAAACUGGAAAAGCGUCUUCGUGCAACAGCUGAGCGGGUCAAAGCCCUUGAGUCUGCUCUGAAGGAGGCCAAGGAGAACGCCGCCCGCGACCGCAAGCGCUACCAGCAGGAGGUGGACCGCAUCAAGGAGGCCGUCAGGGCCAAGAACAUGGCCAGGAGGGGACAUUCGGCCCAGAUCGCCAAGCCUAUCCGGCCCGGGCAGCAGCCGGUGGCGUCUCCCACCCAUCCCAACAUCAACCGCAGCGGAGGAGGCUUCUACCAGAACAGCCAGACCGGGUCCAUCAGGGGAGGGAUCAGCAGCAGCGGCAGCAGCAAGCCAGACAAGACCUGAAGAGCAGCGGGAUACAAGGAGGACACCACUGAAGAAGCCAAUAUCACCCCCUGCCCACCCCGACAACCUGUCAUUCCAUUACAGCGAACGGGCUCCUCGCCGCUGCUUUGGAGCCACUAAAUAUAAAAAAAUAUAAAUAUUCCUGGCCUGUACAGCUCCAUCCCCCACUCCCCCACUUCUCAUCACGACGUAUCUCUUUUUCUCGUACUGGAUGCAACACAUUUAAUUUACAAAAGGCAAAAACCAUUAUUGUUAUCCACCGAACUAAACGCAGUCGUGAGCGCAGCCUCGGUGAGCGAAACCAGCGAACACCUCAAAAUGUGUAGCUUCGGUUUCGUUUUUGUUUUGCACAGUCUGUCGUCACCCGUCGUCGUGCGAGUACUUCUGCACUGUGCCAUGCUGAAUGUAAGGGGAGCCAGAUCUGAAAAAAAGAUAAAAACAAACAACCGAAAACACAAAAUACCAAAAAAAAGAGACCCCUCCCCACCACGAGAAAUAGCGUGACCCUAUAGGCUAACCUCUGUACAUUUUAUCGUUACUAUUAUUGGUUGUUAACCACACUUUUCUCUGACUAGAUUUUACAUGCUACUUUAAGGAAAAAGAAAACGACAAAAAAACUGUGGUUUUGAAUCGACUAGAUGGCGUCGAGCACGACUGUUCUGUCCGGUCUUGUACAGAUGUAACAUUGGCACUACUGCACAGAGAAAGAGAGAGGGGGGGGGGGGAGAGAGAGAGCUGUAUGGAAACAGCCGGGGGACGGCUAAAAAGAAGGGUUAAAAAAUAAAAAGCCACGACGUGCGACCGUGUACUGUAGAUGUAUUUAACUAAAUACCUGUGGAGGCCAAUUGUUUUUUAUCAUUAAGUUAAAAUAAAACCUAAACUCGUUAUUGGUGACUUCAUGAGAAGGAUGUAAAGAAUGUAGAAGAAAGAGAAUGGUCCGGUUAACACAACAACACUUCCACCUUCGUUAGCAUAGCCUAUGCUAAGUAGCUAAAUGUACUGUUUUUACUUCAGUGGUUAAUGGGCGCUAUUUAUAUCUCUGCACAUUGGAGCACAUCGUCUGCAGGCGUAUAGAGAUGGCACACACGCAACGCUUGUCCUGUCCUCGCUGGGUCGCUGACACUCUCACUCACCUUUUGGGACUUUUUGUUUUCUAGUUGUAACCGUAUCAUGAUUUAUUUUCAAGGGUGCCUCUCCUCUGUUUGUUUUGUCCUACCCCCACACCCUUUCUGUUGCUUCUUUUAGAUUUAGGACCCUUUAACUGUAUGUGCCCCCCUUUUUUUUUGGUUUGUAAAUUUGCAGAAAAGCAAUGUGUGUUUCGCUGGGUUUUAUGUACUGUAUGUACUCUUUCAUUGUUCCAUAGAAGUCGUGUAGAUGCAUAUUUGAAAGGGUGCGGCGGGCGGGGGUGUCAGUCGAUGGGUCGGGCCCUGGCCGCUGAUCUGCCAGUCAGGAGAGCAGGGUCUAAAAUUGCACAACAAUCUUCUGUCAUCUGUAGGAGGGGUUUAUUUAACUAAAUCUAGUCAGGGGUGUAGGAUUUAUUUUUGUGUUUUGUCUUUGUUGUGAUUUUAAUUUUGUUUUUUUAACCCUGUGAAGCCCCCCCCACUGCAUCGGCAAAGAGCCUGUUGUGAUUGUAACCCCAGCGUCAGAACACUAACACCUUGUGCAAUACACUGUAAAAUACACUGUAUAUCAGUCGACUGGCAGGUGUGAUCAGGGUGUGCUUUCUUGCAGUGGUAAUCCUGCCAUAUAGUCAAAAACAAUAACUCCUGCCCCUCUUCGGUGUUAGCUUCUGUUCUGCUAACUUUUGGUUCUCGAUGUAUUUUCUCAUCGAGGGCUUCUUUCAUGAUCAUUUCUAAAACCUGAAUCAUGAUACAGGAGUUCUUCUGGACCGUAUUCUAAGAUAAAAGAAUAUCCACUACUGUACUAGACAAACUCCCUGUAGAUGAGGAGACGGUGACAUUUACAAUCCAGUGCAGUAAGAGAUGUUUAAAUUAGAAUAUUAACAAAAGCUUUUUAGAAAUGCACAUUAAAGAAACGUUGUUGGCUGAGAAGAGCGAAACAAAUCUAGCUAGGUUUGCAGCUCUGUCUAAAAGGUGUCCUACUAAAACUUAUCAUGUCAAAGUUGGCUUUAUUAGCACUUCCUCACAACACCUGCACUCCAUAUGUGGCUGUUUUUGAUUGGAGGACGGAGACGUUUCCAACAACCCUGUAAAUGGAACUGUUUGUUGCCAGCAACUAAUUUAAGGAGUAAUAAUUACUUUCUACGAGCUGCAGGGCGAAGUAGGUCCCCCGUAUCUGUGACAGGACAGUGUUUGGUGUCUAUCGAGAUGGUUUAUUCCAUCUGUGUAAUCUUCUAGAUUAGUUGUGACUUUGCAGCAUGGACCUCAAAAUGUUUAUCCUUUGACCUUCCACCAAAACUGGAUAUGAAAUGAGGGUGGGGGGGCGGGGUAGUUAAUAAAAAAAUUAAAAACGGCAAAGAAUAUUUGAGGUGUUUUACCUAAAUUGGAUUUUGCAAUUAUUCUAAAUAAAAACGAAAGUGUAGCCACUUUUUUUAUUACUGUGUAAUAGUUGGUCAAUUUUUAAAGGACAGUUUUGAGGAUCUAUCAGUGGAUAAAGGUACUGGAUCAUUCCUGGAGAACUGGGGCACAAAUAGCAGGGCUCUGAUGAGGACGGAGAUGGGAAGUUCAUGAGAUCACAGUUUUGGAUUGAUUGCAUGAUGUAAAUGUAUGUGUGAUUAAAUAAUUAUGAGAAAAUA